AUGACGAAUGACGCAGUAAACUCUGAUCUCAAUGAGAAUCUGCCACUUUUGAAUAAAUCAUCGAAAAGUCCAAAGACUACUAUAGGAUCAGAAUCAUCAAAACUAAACUCACAACCAAUUAAUACCAGUUCUAUCAGUGCCAACCCACUUCGUCAUGCUCAAUAUUCAAGUCCACCGUUAAAUAAUUCAACAUCUCGUCGUCCUCUUUCAGGUAUCGCCCCAAAUACCCCCUUGGAAUACACUGAAUUUGAUGAAUAUUUGACAUCCAUGCGUCAUCAUUCUAUUAGUGCCAGUGAUUUUUAUCAAAACAAGGCCGCAGAAAGACCAUUAUUCCAUCGUUUAUUGUCCAGUCAUCAUUCUGUUACUAACCCAAACUCCCCAUUUGACAACUAUGUUAGUGGUAAUAUAAGCAGCACUCAUAUUAAUGCUCCGUUGUUCCCUCAAAACACAGGAGGUGAUAGGAGCAGUAUGGAAUCUUUAGGCGAGUUUGGUGAACUAAGAAGAUUGAGUGUUGUCGAUUUCGUUAGUAGUUUGAGGCCAGCCAGAUUAAUCGGGACAGUAUUGCCAUUAUGUACCUGGAAGGAUUAUUUCAAGCCCAACGUAGGCAAAAUAAAGGGCAGUGAUGUUCGAAAAUAUUAUGAAGAACAGAAUCAUUUAAUUGAAAAAUUUACUGAAAUUGAUAAUUUCUUGGAUGCUGGUAAAAUACAUUACAACAUGUUAAGAAAUUAUGGAUCCGAUGUCAAUGAAUCACUAGCCGACAUUGCCGAAGACCUGCACGAAAGUUCUCGUGCUGCAUCGCCAAACAGUUUGAAUGGAGGUGAGUUACAAGCAACCGACCUUGAACGUGGUGAUUCCACCUCAAAAUACUCGACAAGAUUUAAUGAUGUUCCCGGAAACGUUACUAAUGAUGGGUCAAGGUACCUUGGAUAUAACGAGGAGGAAACGAAUUCACAAGUUUUAACUGCAAUUUUGGUGAACUUUUUGAUAAAUAUCUUAUUGCUUAUUGGAAAAAUUGUUGUGACAUUAUUAACUAGCUCAAUGUCGGUUAUUGCGUCUUUGGUUGAUUCUAUUUUAGAUUUUUUGUCCACUUUUAUUAUUUAUAUUGUCAACAGAUUGGCCACUCAAAAUGAUUGGAAGAUUCAACAUGCUUAUCCAGUAGGAAGAUCAAGAUUGGAGCCUUUGGGUGUUUUAAUUUUCUCCAUCAUUAUUAUCAUUUCCUUCUUCCAAGUUGGUCAAGAAUCUUUCAAACGAUUGUUUUUCCCUACUCCGAAUCAAAAAAUCCCUGUUCCAAUUGGUCUUGACGCAAUCAGUAUCAUGAUGAUUACUAUAAUUGCAAAACUAGGCUGUUGGAUAUGGUGUUCUAGUAGUCAGUCUUCGUCAGUACAAGCCUUGGCACAAGAUGCCAUGACCGAUAUUGUAUUUAACACUGUCUCAUUGUUGAUGCCAACUAUUGGACAUUAUUUCAAUAUUUGGUGGUUUGAUCCCUUGGGUGCAUUUGCAUUGUCAAUAUAUAUUGUGGUCAACUGGGGACACACUGCGUUUGAACAUAUUAAUAAUUUGACUGGGGCUGCUGCCGAUCCAUUAGACUACAAAGUGAUUUUGUAUCUCGCGUACAGAUUUGCCGAACCAAUCAAACAGAUUACUGCAUUGAAAGUGUACCAUGUCGGAGACAAUGUAAACGUGGAGAUUGAUUUGGUUUUUGCUAAUGACAAAUACAAAUUGUCAUUUAAAGACUGUCACGAUAUUGCCGAAGCAUUACAAUAUUCAAUUGAAAGCUUACCUAUGGUUGAAAGAGCGUUUGUUCAUAUCGAUUACAUGGAAGGUAACUAUAAAGGACAUUUGAAAUAA